AAUCCUUUGUGAAAAGGCAGAGGCAGCGUCCGAGGGCGGCUCAGUCUCCAGAAGGCAGCAGCUGGGAGUUGCAGAGCGAUGCCGCGGCUCCAGAGCUGCUGAAGUCAGAGACGAGCUCACCGCUGGAUCUCUGGAAGCAGGGGGGUGGGAAGAGCAGGGAAGGGGAUCCAGCCUGGAGCUGCUCAAGAGAGGAGGCCUCAAACGUGGGACAUGAGAGUCAAGCACGGCCCUGAGGACUUCCACACAACUUCCAACUGCAGACAACAGCCGAGUCCACAGAACUGAUUCAGCUCAGUGUGUUCAAUCAUACAAAUAGACAACAAAGCAAACAUACAAACAGCCUUGGGGGGAAAAAGAAAGGGGGAUUUUUCGUCACCUCUCCAUCUGGCCACACAAAGACAGACUAGAGAGGGAAAGGGCAUCUCAGAGGAAGAGAAGGAGGCAGGAGGUGGUGACGGAGAAGAAAAGCACAACAGUCAUGAGAGCACCAGCGUGGAACGCUGGCAUCCUGCUGUGCCUGUCCUUCGUUGCCCUCAGCAACUGCCGCUCAGGCAACGCAGCACUGUUUUCAUCGCGGCGGCGCAGGGCAGCCCCGGAUGAUGCGAAAAGAUGCUCGUACACUUUCCUGGUCCCGCAGCAGAGAAUCACAGGCCCCAUCUGCGCCUCGGCCACGGGACCCGAGCCAGACAAGGACAGGGUGACCCGCAUGGACAUUUCAGACCUGAAGGAGAUACUGUCCAAGCAGCGGCGCGAGAUCGAGAUGCUGCAGCUCGUGGCCGAUGUGGACGGCAACCUGGUAAACGAGAUGAAGCUGCUGCGCAAGGAGUCCCGCAACAUGAACUCUCGAGUCACGCAGCUCUACAUGCAGCUCCUGCACGAGAUCAUCCGCAAGAGGGACAACUCGCUGGAGCUGGUGCAGCUGGAGAACCGCGUGCUGAACGUCACCUCCGAGAUGCUGCGUCUGGCCUCCCGCUACAAGGAGAUAGAGAUGCGCUUUGCAAACCUGGCCUCCACCGUCAACAACCAGUCGGUGCUGAUAGCCGCGCUGGAGGAGCGCUGCAUGCGCAGCUUCAGCCGCCAAGACCUGCCUGUCGUGCCGCCGCUGGUGCAGGUAGUGCCCGAGACCAUCCCGGCCAACAGCAACCGCUUCACCAACGAGAUCCACAGGGAACAUAAUAACCGGGCAUUUCCACGCGGCUCACGCAUGGAUACUCUGCCCACAGCCGACCCGCUGGGCGUCCCGCUGCCACCCCAGGGCACGCUGACCACAGACGGACCUUUCCGAGACUGUUUUCAGGUGCGGCAGGCUGGACACAGCACCAGUGGGAUGUAUCUCCUGAAGGCAGAGGGCGGUGAUAGGCUGAUUCAGGCUUGGUGUGAGCACGGACUGGACAACGGAGGCUGGACGGUCUUUCAGAGGAGGAAAGAUGGCUCCGUUAAUUUCUUCAGGAACUGGGAGAACUAUAAGAAAGGCUUUGGGAAUAUAGACAGUGAGUACUGGCUGGGGCUGGAGAAUAUCUAUGCCUUGGCUAAGCAGGCAGACUACAGGCUGCUGGUGGAGCUGGAGGACUGGGCAGGGAAGAAAGUCUACGCUGAGUACAGCAGUUUCCGGCUAGAGCCGGAGAGCGAGGGCUACCGCAUUAGACUGGGCACCUACCAGGGUAAUGCCGGAGACUCGCUAACCAGUCACAACGGCAAGCCCUUCACCACGCUGGACCGUGACAAGGACGCCUUCACAGGUAACUGCGCUCACUUCCACAAAGGUGGCUGGUGGUACAACGCAUGUGGGCAGACCAACCUGAAUGGCGUUUGGUACACAGGGGGCGUGUACCGCAGCAAGUUCCAGGAUGGGAUCUUCUGGGCUGAUUACGGAGGCGGCUUUUAUUCACUCAAGUCUGUCCGCAUGAUGAUCCGACCCAUCGACUAAGACUUGCUCUUUGACUCCUUCUAAACCUCUCUCUCAAAGGUCUCAUCAAACUCCCUCUACUUUACCGCUACUUUACUUUAGCUGUAUAUCAGUAGGUUCCAGCUCUGGUCCUGGAGCAGCAGACUGUCCUGCACAUUUUGCUGUUUUCCCUGCUCUAAAAAACACUCAAAUUUACCUCAGCAGGAGCUUGAAUGCUCUCUCUCUCUUUACCAGUUAAAAUGAUCAUAAAGCCAAGAUGCUUUUGGGAAACUGAGCCCAGAUUGGAUAAAAAGGAUCAGGUGUUUAACUAGAGCAGCAACACAUUGAGGACAAUACCAGUACUCCAGGACCAGGGUUGAGAAGCACUUCUGUAUAUUCAGCACAAACGCCAGCUAUUUUAGAACCGUGCUUUCACCCUAACAAGGACAGAACAUCUAGAAGAAGAACAUCACACACUUUGGGGCAACGGUCAAGCCCUGGCCAGUCAAAAGCUUGGGGACAUCAGCAGUCGACAGGAAAAUGUCAUUUCUUAAAAGACAUUAUCCCAAGUCAGACUGGGAUCAAUUGCUCUAUACUUCUUCUAUCCUUUCCUACACCACUCUUUUCUUUAUUUUAUUCCCAAUCAGUUUUCUUUUCAUACCACUCACACCCCUUCACUUUAUAUACUAUUUCUUAUUUCCCUACAAAGGACUGGAAACAGACUGUGCCAAAGGGCCCAGUGUGCUUUGAUACGUGUUAUUGGUCUGUAAAUAUACUUCAUGUUUUAUGUUUGCCUUGUAUUUUGUGUUAAAGAGUUAAUUUAAAAAAACUCAUAUUACAGAACGGCCCCUAUCCACCCUAUCUGUUAUUUAUCAGUGGUUAUUUAUAAUAGUUAUGCCUUUGAUUUGUUUAGCCCUGUUUAUAAAUGUACUGUGCACCUUCGCACAAUGUGCACACGUUCAGUAUGCAUGUAUGUGUCAAUUGUGGAAGCCUCCAACUCGUGCGUACAUGAAAAGAAAAGAAAACGGUGCAAAGUCAGCAAAUCUGGCAACCCUGGAGCUGGCAGCAGGCUGUACGUGAGCACAGACGGACGCACGUCGCACACGCAAACUCAUGUAGACAUAUACGCUCCAAACACACAGGCACCCUGUACACACCUCUGAAAUCUGAGGUGUUCUGCUGACAGGAGGUGGAAUCAGUUACCAGCUCAUGCCAAAUAACAUUCCAUUUCAAACAAAAAUAAAAACUAUUUUUAAGUAAAAAAAAA